AUGAGUCUGAGCGUAUUCGAAACAGCAGAGCAAGCGGCAGCCGCAGCUGGAAUGCACUCACAAGUCUUCUCUGCUCCUUCAGCAGCAGCAGCCGCGGCUAUCAAUCAAGCCAUGUCACAGGAGCCUAUCGAGAGGCCUUCAGCCCACGGAAGCACUGGUGGCUUGAAAAUGAACAAGAGGCACCUCAAAUGGCUCGAGGGAGUCAAAUACGACGAAACCCAGCUCUAUCUUUCUGGACGUCAUAUUGUUGAUGAGGACAUGCCCGUCAUCAUCCAAGCGCUGUGGCUCAAUCCAGAGAUCACGAUUGUCCAUCUGGGUGACAACAAUUUGGGAACUGCUGGAGUGGUCCAGCUUAUGGAGGUGCUCAAGGACCUUGAAGCCGUGACCAAGCUGAGUCUAAACGACAACGCCCUGGAUGUCGAUAGUGCUCGUGCGAUUGCCGACAUGCUGAAAGUCAGGACCAGUUACGUUCGGCUCUUUUUGCCACGCAAUGACUUUGGUGUAGCAGGCGUGCAAGCCAUCGCCGAAGCCCUCAAACUGAACAAGACGUUGACUUUUUUGGACCUUGGUUGCAAUGCUAUUGGGGACGACGGUACAAUCUCGCUCGUCCAUGCGUUGCGUGGUCACCCAACGCUUAAAUCUUUGAUUUUGCUUCAAAACGAGAUUAGUGACGCAGGAGUGAUCGUCCUGGCUGAUUUACUCAAACAAAACAAGUCACUCACAAGCCUGAUUUUGUCUGAAAACGAGAUUGGUGACGCAGGAGCGAUCGCCUUGGCUGAUAUGUUCAAACACAACAAGUCACUCACGAACCUGAAAUUGGGCAAGAACAAGAUCACUGAAGUCGGGGCGCGCGCCUUCUCAAAGGCUCUGGAGAAUGUUCCAUCCAACGAACUCAAGUAUAUUGAGCUGUCAUACAAUAUCAUUGGCAUUUCCGAACAAGAGGCGAAAACAAAAUUCGGUCAUCGCUUCUUCAUUGACGUGCAACGAGAUCCUGCGACCAUUUACCCGCCUCUUCGCCCCGAGUUGUCGCCCCUGAUUCCUGAAGAUGUGCGACAGAACCUGACGCCGGUGCAACGCAAGCUGCUUGAGAGCCUCAUGGAAGCAGGCGAUACAUUUGCACCCCGACUGAGAGUGUUUGACGACGCCACUGCUCGUGUGUUUGCCGAAGGUCUCAAAGUCAACACGACCCGAACCAAGCUCGAUCUCAUGGGCACUCGCUUCACUGCCACUGGCCUGGCCAGCCUGGCUGAGGCCAUUGGAGUGAACAAGACUCUCACCGAAUUGGACAUGACCAACAUGAACAUUGACGACACGCUUGCACUCUCGGUCGCCACAAUCCUUCAGACGACCACUUCUCUGACUGAAAUCCGUUUGAUCGACAACCAGAUCGGGCAUGUAGGUGCGCAAGCGAUUGGGCAAGCUCUGCCUCAUUUGAAAGUGCCCCACCUCCUGAAUUUGUCGGGAAACCCGCUUGGCGACUUGGGCGCUGCCGCCAUUGCUGAGGGUCUGAAAGAAAACACGGCUCUUUGGCGCAUCGAACUGAAUGAUGCCGAGAUUGGUGAUUCGGGCGCAAUUGCUCUUGCGGAGGCUCUGAAAAUCAACCUCAAGACGCUGUCCAUCAUGAGCUUGGACCAGAACCACAUCACGGAAGAGGGUGUCUCCGGCCUGUUGGACGCUCUGAGAGUUCACCAAAAGCUGUGGUGUUUGAACCUGGAGGAAAACCCGUUCAGCGAGGAGGUGCUGAAGGCGUUUAUUGCCCGGCCGAUUGGAGACAAGCGGUUGUGGUUUGUGCCUGAUCGGUAUUAUACUCAGACCCAUGUCGCUCCUUCGGCUGACGAACCACUCGGCUCGGUGUUUGCUGUGGCACUGACGCGAUUCCGGCGGACGGCACGCUCGCUCGGCAACUACGUCUUUUCGUUUGUCUGGCGCUCCGAUGAUCAACGUGCUUUCUAUGAAGCCUUGACUCCUGAGCAGCGGUUCAUUUACGACCUGAUUAAGAAUGGAGACAACCCUGGCACUGGCCAACCUGGCUAUGUUUCACUGAGUCAGAUGCGCAUUGGCAAUGAAGGCGCGCUGACCGUUGCGGCUGCACUCAAAGUGAACAUGAACGUGACGAAGCUCGAUUUGUACCAAAACGGUAUCGAAGCGGAGGGAGCCAAGGCCCUUGCUGAGGCGCUCAAAGUGAACAACACGCUGGGAGAGCUGUGGCUUUCCGACAACAACAUUGACGAUGAAGGCGCGAUCGCGAUUGCAGAAGCGCUCAGGGUGAACACUGGUCUGGUCAAGUUGUUCAUGGGCGACAACCGCGUGGAAGAUGCAGGUGCGAUCGCUAUUGCAGCGGCCAUCCGUUGCAACAAGUCCUUGCGUGUGCUGAUCUUGAGCAACAUUUGUGACCCCUCCUGGAUUCGGGUUCAAGGCUGGACGGCACUGCAACAGGCUGAGCUUGCGAGCGGUGGUCGCCUUCGACUCGCAAAGAGCAACUGGGAUUUGAUUCCUGCCGACGAACUGCGCAAAAUGUAG